UAGAGGCCUGGAGGUGGGCGCUCCCUUUGCCCUACCCCUCGGACCUGAGAAGCGGGACCAGCGGCGAAGGGAGGGCCCUGUCCCCUGUCCCUUUAAGGAGGAGGGCCGAGCGCAGCCGAGAGAGCUGGCGUUGCCCCUGCCCGGUCCGAGCACGCACCCCAGAGCAGUUGCAGCCACAGCUCCGGCCGCCCCUCGGUUAGAGUCCGCUCCAGCCCCAAGAAGCGAGUCGCCACCAUGGUGAAGAUUGUGACGGUUAAGACCCAGGCGUACCCGGACCAGAAGCCGGGCACGAGCGGGCUGCGGAAGCGGGUGAAGGUGUUUCAGAGCAGCACCAACUACGCGGAGAAUUUCAUCCAGAGUAUCAUCUCCACCGUGGAGCCGGCGCAGCGGCAGGAGGCCACCCUGGUGGUGGGCGGGGACGGCAGGUUCUACAUGAAGGAGGCCAUCCAGCUCAUCGUCCGCAUCGCCGCCGCCAACGGGGUAAGGGACGCGCCGACUCCUCCGUGGCGUGCGCCCGGCGCGGGGCCGUGCGCUACGUGCGGCCGGUGUCGCCGCCCGCCUCCUGCCGGGUCCGGCCCGGCUACUUCCGCGCGCGGCAGCCCGUCUCCACCCCCGCCCCUCUGGGCUCGCUCUUCCCAGCCCGGAGGCCCCGCGGAGGUCGCUGUGUGCUGGAAGGUGGCCACGGGGGCUCCUCCGAGCUGCUCGGUCGACUCACCGGGGGCGGGCGAGCGGGACUUGACCUUGGGAGGGCGGACCUUCCGCCUCCUGCUCCGCCCUUCUUUCUCCUCCUCCCUUCCCCUCCCCUCCUCCUGCGGCCUUUGACAUUUACAGUAACCU